AGGUGAAGGUGAAGUUAUAGGAAUGCAGUAAUUGUUUUGAGCGUGUAUGGGUCUGCAUUGCAUAUUUUGGAAGUCAGGGAGAGCACAGUCUAUGUUCUGACCUUGCACAAAGGGGGGGCUUGUUGGGCAUGCAGCCUGACAUAUGUUUCUAACACCUGAAAGAUAAUGUGUGUGACUAUUUUGUGUCUCUCUUACAGGUUUCCUGCAGUUGGUUGUUUCCCCUUCCUUUCAUCCGCAGACAGUCACUGAUCAGCGGUGUGGACAGAAAUACUAGCUGCGACACGGGGGUGGGGGGACGAGGCAGAGUCCAGCGGCACGUUACUGUGCAGCUUAUUUGUUGGAACGCACUGGGUCACCGCUUUUAAAAAGGCCUGAGGAGGGGGGGCGAUGUGGACCACGUGGCUGCCCACUCUCCUUCUGCUCCACAGCACGUUUCCCCAGCCCAGUCUGCAGAAUCUGAGGUGCCUUAACGACCUCAUCAACAACGUGACCUGUGUGUGGAACAGCACGACACGAAACCCCGACACAGCGUGUACUCUACAAGGACUCUACCAACAUCAACAUAAACAAUGCGACCUGAUGCCCUUCGUUGACCAUGACCAAAACUUGCUGAGAUGCAGCCUCCUCUUUCCGAAUGUGGAGUUUGGUUCUUUCACACGCCUCUCAAUAAGAAUCACGUGUGGGAACGCGAGCCAUCCCGCCGUGCACAUCGGAACGUAUAAACCAUCACUGCACAUUAAAAUGCACCCCCCUGCUUUUCACACUUUCACCAAUACCACCAUCACGUGGUCCCCUGGGUCCCCUCUCUCAGAAUAUAUCGUCAGUUACUACUUUCAACUUCAAUUCAAGCGGUCAGACCAGAUCUGGGAGAACGCAGAGUCUGUAAACGUGAGAGACAUGCGGACCUCAGUGGAGAUCUCCGAGGAGAAACUGGUGAAGGGGGUCGUGUAUGACUUCAGGGUUCGGGCUCUGGUUGAUCAUGAGGGAUUUAGAGGAGAAUGGAGUGACUGGAGUCCUGUGUCCUCCUGGAGGUCUACAGCUGGGGUGUCCCCAACGGAGCCCCCAGCUCUGGUGGGAGUGCAGUGUGGUAUCCCAGUUAUGGUACUGUCGUGUCUCGUCCUCCUCUUCAUCAUCAAAGUGAAACGCUUCAGCUGGGAUCACAAGUUCACGCCUGUUCCUGAUCCCUCAAAGUUCUUUACAGGACUGAAUUCAGUUCAUAUCGGGAGCUUCCAGAAAUGGCUGCACCCUGUUUUACCCCUCGAAUACUUUGCCACUCCCAUGCAUUCUGAGGACAUCUCCCCCAUUGAAAUCUCUGCCUGUGACGAAGAGGCCAGAGAGAAAGGCGAUUCCAGUGGGUCCUGGAUGACUGACAGUGGAUUUACCCAAAGCAGCCAUUCCUAUGAACCACUGGAACAACUCUGUCAGCCCAGACAACCAAAUUCUAAAUUGGCGACGGAGGUUCAGCGGUCUAUGGAUGAAGAGGAAGAAGAUUCAGAUCUAUCUGUCUUCCCUUUGCCCUUCUCAUCUGGACUAGCACUCACUCCAGACAAUCUUCCUGGCUUCUCUCAUUUCCCCUCAGAUCUUGCUGAACUUGAUUUACAUACAUCGUUGCUUCACCAGUCCUCCUUGUUGAACAUAUCUCCAUCUAGUGGUGGGUAUAUGAUCGUAACAGACACACGCAACAGUUGCUGAAAAACCCAGACUGAAUGACGCAAGCAGGAUGCAGCUUUUUGUGGUAAUGCCAUAACAUCAUAGAUGACAACCUUAUACAGACUAAGCAGUCUUCAGUUUUGCUAAAUCCCUAUUCCGUUACUGAAUGCUACUUAAGAGCUGCAGAAGCGCUUCCUCUUAGAGGUAUAACUGCACCAAGCAGUAGAUGUAGCAUUAUGGUUUAAAUAUUCGCUGAGCCCAGCUCCGCCUCCAUACGUCCAUAUUGCACCUCGCCGGAACGCAGCGCCACUUCCUUCAACAUCAACCAUUUUUCUUAAUUAAUGUCCCAAAAAUUGGCAAGAGAUUCAAAGUGAACAGUUUAGCAGAAGGUCAGUUUUGCACUAAAAGUGUUUCAUCAGCUUUAACGUUAAUUUUCAUUAGCGGCUCUGACCAGACAAUCAUUCCUCGAGUGGAUGAGAUUCCUACACUUAUUUGACUUAUCUCGCAUACCAUGCUGCUGCCAAAACCUCAUGUACUAGCUGAACUCAUUUAGAGGUAAGACGUGUAUAUAGCAAUUUGUGAAUAACUUGACAUUUUAAUGCAUUUUUACAAGGGCAUUACAAAUUAAUAAGCAAGAAUAUAAGCCAUUUUUUAUGUAUUCCAUAUACAUGUACCCACAAAGCUUUUUCAAAAAUUUUAAGUACUAAUUAACCAUGCAGUAUAUGUGAAUUCUAAAAAUAAAAAUAAUUUUUUAGAAAACAUUUUUUUUGUGUAUUUGUAUUGUUUUGAAGUGAUACCAUAACAUGCCAACAUACUGAACAUACUGCAUCUUUAAGAUUGUGAACACACAUGAUAACUAAUGUACAGAG